AUGCUGUUUCGUCCGACCAACACCGUCCGCAAUUUUCUCCGGCAGUCUGCUCAGCCAGCAUGGAAAUAUGGCGACAAGUCCCCGACAUUCGAUCUCAGCUUGCCUCGCAAGACCUUUGACUUUGCAACCAUGGGGCCCAAAGAAACAUACUCCCUCUUGACAUCGAGUGUUGUACCGCGUCCCAUUGCCCUGGUAUCCAGCGUCUCUGCCGACGGAACGCGUAAUUUGGCGCCUUUCAGCUACUUCUCAAUCGUGCAGUACCUCAUCGUUGGGCACUCUCCACCACUCAUCAACAUCUCUUUCAGCUUAUCACAGAAGCGACCCAAGAAUACGCGCGACAACAUUCUAGACACGCGUCAGUUCACGGUCAACAUCAUCAGCGAAGCUUUUGCUGCUGCCGCAAACGCUACUUCCGUCGAGGCACCUCCACCAGUAGACGAAUGGAUCCUCGCUGGUUUGACGCCGUUGUCAAGUAAAUUCGUGAAGCCGGCAUGUGUGGCAGAGAGUGCAGUCAGCCUGGAAUGUGAAGUAGGGAUAUUUUACUCAUUUCCUCCGCGAUUUCAUCUAGUUGACCACCCUGCCAAGCUGUAUUUUUACAAGGACCUAGCCCACCCCGAUUCCGAGGUUACUACUAGCGCCCUCAUGUUAGGCCUAGUCAAAUACGCCCAUGUUCAUCCAUCCGUCUUGGACCCACAAGGCCAAAGUGUGAUGCCUGAUAAGCUGAAAGCGAUUGCCCGCAUGGGAGGGAAUACGUAUGCGAGCAUCACAGAGGGAUUUGAACUAGAAAGACCGUCGUGGAGAACGGCCAGACCUAUUUACGAGCAGAAGAAGGUGGAGGGCGGCCCGCCUGCGAUGGAGCCUUCCGAGCAAAGGGAAGUGAGGUCUUUAGCCGUUGCAAAAUUAAAGCGAGCUGCCUCUCUACCGCGAAUGAAAGAUGGGCGGAGACCGCCAAUGCAUCCAGAAGCAAUGAGCGAAGGAGAAAGGGCCAACACCGACGACGAACACAAGGACGAAGUCGAUACACCCUCUCCAGAGCCACCACCACCAGCGACCGUCGAAGAAGAUGUUACAAUAACCCGCCCAAAACGUCGCUCUCGCUCGCGCACCCGGUCUAGAGGCUCGAAAGACCUCAAGGCAAAAGCCAGGGCUGCACUAUCCCCAGCGCCAAGCCCCAUUAUCCCCAGCGACUCAUCGCAAGAUGAAGCACCCACAACACUCACAACGUUGUUGAUGCGCUCUCCAACCCCAACCAUGCCAGGGACAAGACCACAGACUCCCAAUAAUCCUCUCCCUUCACUAGAAGACCUUCAACGUGGACUUUUCAGGUCCAAUAGUGUUGGCAGCUCUUCAGCCAGCCGCAUUAUGGCCAUGCAUAAACUCACCGGCGGGCAGGAGGCUUAUGAUCCCACUCCACCGCCAGCGACCCCACCAUUGCCUCAAAAACUGGGUCGCAACAACACUGUUUCGGGUGGAGAGAGAACCGCUGUUCGAGAAUUUAUGCUCAGCCAACUCAAGGGUCGAAUCGCGCCAAAGGAAUCUGAAGGAGAACCUCCCAGUGGUGAAGAGAUUCCAGUCCCAGCGUCAUCACCGUCCCCGACUCCCAGACGUCGAAGGAGGAGGUCAAGACGUGGUUCAGCGAGUGCAAAUAAUGCUGCACCGAUGUCAGAUUCGGAACCCUUGUCUACAUCGCCAAACACGCCAAUUGUUCCUCACACUCCGCUGCCCAUCUCGACAGAUCUCCCCAUUCAAACCAUACUAUCACUCAGUCGAGCUGCUAGUCCGCGACAAGAACCCACCCCACCACCGCCUGUUGUUCCUCCUGGAAUACCAUAUCCGUCCUCCGCUCGUGCCAGCCCAGCUGAGUCAGAACGACCAAGACGGAGAAGUGUUGUUGUUGAAGACGAGGAAGAAGAGCGGCCUGCACCCGUUCCGCUCAAUAACUAUCACGACUUUCACAAUAAAGACUCUUCGCGGCGUCCGACACCUGACUAUCCCCCGCGUUCUAGCCCCUUCAACAUUCCAUUGCAAGAGAAACAAGCACGGGAAGAUGAUGACGAAGAGGAGUUCUUGUAUCCUGCCGAGUCUUAUAAUGUGGAUCGAGAAAUUAGCUGGGUAGCUUCACCAGUGCCCGAAAUUCGGAUGCCCAUUGAUGACGACGACGACCGAGAUGAAGACCAAUUAGUUGAAGAAGAUGAGGACGAAUACGAUCACCGGCCACCUUCGUCCAAUGAGGCCUACGAUGACACGUCCCCGCGCAAUUCAAGUUCCUUCCAGGGCAAAGGCGUUGUGAUCGAGUCCGAAACAUCGCCAGAACUUGUUCCCGCCCAGGUUCCUCCCUCGCCUUCUUCUGUAACUGCACUCUCCCAUGGCCCUUCUAUGGUUCGGACAGCCAGUGAUGACUCAACCUCCCCCCAAACAUAUCCUGCGCGACUUUCUGCUGCCUCUCGCUCGCCUCUAAAUAUAGAGUUUGAGUGGGAGACAGACAAGCGGAAUUGGGAUUCAGGCUCCACGAGCACAUGGGACAAAAUUAAAGCCACGAUCCGUUCUGGUUCGGCCUCCGGAAGGCGCUCACGCACAAACAGUAUCGCAACACGUGACCGUCAUAACACUGAUUCCAGUGUAAGUCGCGAGAGCGGGGCCAGCCUAACCAAAGGCGAAAGUAUAUCAAUUGUACCGCCUCAAUCGCCCUCCGCGUCGGGCUCUGUGAUUUCACUGUCGCCUGCUGUAUCACCUUUUCCGAUGGCAACAUCUGUGGACAUGACCAAAUAUCAGAACGCGAAGCUUUUCCCUUUCCCAGGCAUGAAAAAAUUAGAGGAACAACGAAAUAGGGCAAAGGGCGUACUUAAUCCAUCAGCCUCAACGCCAGACAUCUCGACCUUGUACAGCGGUUACGAAACUGACCCUGCUCAAACUUCCGCGACGUCGUAUACUCCAUCGCAAACUCCAGAUCUCAGCCGAGAGCGUAAACUUUCUCAUCAAGCUUCUGACACACGGUUAUUGGACCGCUAUGCUUCUCCUCCUGGAUCUGCGACUCCGUCGUCACCAGCUAAUAUCGAGUACUUUACCAUUCCACCAGUUUCACCAACCUCGUCGUCUGGAUCGAAGCUUCCAAUGACGUUGCCUGGUGUGAAACAAUGGCUGAAUAGCCGGAAAAAAUCCUCGCAAACAGCCUCAUCUUCAGCUACUCCGACAUCCGAAAUUGGCAGGCUCUCCCCCGCGAGCAAAAAGCCAUCGUUGUCUGAUCUCAUCAUGCGGAAAGACAGUUCAUUGGGACUAGGAAAGGAUUGGGAAGAUGUUGAUGUCACACCCAGUGAAGGACCAACGGUUAGAGGAAUGGCUGUCAGCCCACCACCAAGGAUACCGCCGGAUGUGGAUAACAGGCUGCCGUUGUCAAAGAUUAUGUCGUUCUCUGAAGAGCAACACUCCGAGCCGCCAUCCGCUUUGCCAUCACCUCCAGACCCGCUUUCACCCACACCUGAUCUCUCCUCCUCGUUAAGCGACUACCCUGCUCCUUCUACGUCCGAGUCCUCUUCAACAACCUCGUCCCAUUAUUCAGUGAACAAUCUAAACGGCUCUGGACCGCAGGGUUCGUUUGUGCUCGAGCGACUGGAAGAAAACUUGGCUCGUGGAUCGCGGAGUCCGAUGUGGGCUUCAGUCAUCGAUGAACCGCCGCGGAAACUUGUCCUUUCCUCUGAGGCUCUUCAGGUCGUCAAUGCCAAUACCGUGAAAGACCGCAAUCUAUUCUUGUUCAGUGAUAUUCUGGUCAUCGCAAAACCCAUCGUCAUGGAUCAGGACAACAUCAUCGAGUCGUACAAUCCACACAUGACGGGCCGCAAGUACACUGAGCGCCGGUACCUAGUCAAGAAUGUUGUGCUGAUGAGUCAGCUCCGGUUCAAUGCCGACCGUAAUGAUGUCCCGCCGAAAACGACCAACUAUUUUGUCGCCCCACGCACACCUCUCAUUCGCACUUUCGUUCACCAGUUCAGCAAGGACCCAGACCACGCGAUCACGACGUUGCUGUCAAAGUCGGCUACACCAGAUGAUCCACUCAUACUCGGUCAAGUGCUUUUCAAAACGCUUGAUUUGGAUAAAGCACGAUUGGGAGACUACUUAUCUCGCCGGACGUCGAAGGUGGUGCUCAAGGCUUAUGUCGAUAGCUUCCGAUUUGUGGGUGUCCGGGUCGACAGGGCAUUACGUGCAUUCCUGCUUUCUGUCAACAUUCCAGCAAGGACGCCAUACAACGCCAAUCCGCUUGAUUACCUUCUUGACUCGUUUGCUAGCCGCUGGUAUGAGGCGAAUGCCAAAAUCGUGGCUUUUGACAAAGACCUUGCCAUUCGUCUGGUGCGCGCACUUGUCCAACUCAACGACUUCUUGCAUGGCGGCAUAGCGCAAGAGCCAGGCCCUACUGGUCCUUCCAAGCGGGGCAUUUCUGGAAGGGAUUUUGGCAACGCUUUUCGACAGUAUGAUCCUCGACAUCUAGUGCCUGACGAGUUAUUAGACGAUAUAUUUUCCUCGAUUAGAGAAGAGCGCCUCUCUCAAGCCCGAGCCCCCACUGUCUCAGGGGAUGCUCAAAUCAUGCUCAAGCGACCGCUUCCACCUCGUCUAACCUAUCGAGUCCAAUCAGAACCUAUCGUUCUCCGCAUUUCGCAACCUGACCCCAAUUUCACCAUUCAGCUCUUUGGCCAGGACUUGGAGUUUGACCCGCCGGUUCUGACGUUUGCGCGGUCUUCAGAAGCGUCUUUUCGUGUGACGGGUCAGUCUCUCGGUGCGAAGACGAUGAUCAUGUGUCGCUCCGGACCGAAUGCAGUCAGAUAUUCAGGACUGCCGUUGAGCAGCUCGUUGGUCAUCGAACGCGCCUUCAUGCGGAAUACUUUCGAGAUUGCUUUCCUCAACCACAACGGGGUCAAGCGGCGGUAUAUGUUCAGUAUGAACGAUCCUGUCAUUCGCCAUGAAUGGGUGGGAGCAUUGAAACGACACAUUGAUAGUGCUUCCUCGUCGAUAUCUUCCGCUUCGGCGUCCCAUGGGACUUCGAGAUUCCACCGGGCCACGGAAAUUAUCGCAUUCAAAACGUUGCAGCAGAAAUUGAUGGGUUCACAAACUACUACUGGCGCAUCUCCGGCGGCCAUUCGCUCUGCCUUGCAGCGACUCAACUCAAACCCUUCCUCGCCGCGGCCUCUGAAUGGUGGCACUUUCCGUUUUCCGGACAUGGAACACCCGGUGAAUAAACCGGCUUACCAUGUUCGGUCUAAGUCAAGGAGUCGGCUGUAUCACCAGCAAGGACCAGGCCAGAAUGAGGCAGAGUUGGACGAGCAAGAGGAGCCCGAGCCUCCCUCUCGCCACGAUGGACCGGUGUGGUCGUGGGAAGAGUUGCAAUUGCAGUGUCGACAAAAUAGCUCUAUACCUGCGGUGCUUGCCUUCCUUCAGGUCGGUCAUCCUGAACCAGGCCGUAUCUAA